GAGCGUGCGACCCUCGGAGUUCAGCAGACGGAGUCUCCCUCUGUCACCCAAGCUGGAGUUCAAUGGCUUGAUCCCGGCUCACCGCAACCUCUGUUCAAGUGAUUCUCCUGCUUCAGCCUCCUGAGUACCCAGGAUUACAGGCACCCACCACCACGCCUGGCUAAUUUUUGUAUUUUUAGUAGAGAUGGAGUUUUACCCUGUUGGCCAGGCUGGUCUUGAACUCCUGACCUCAAGUGAUCCACCCGCCUCUGCCUCCCAAAGUGCUGGGAUUACAGGUGUGAGCCACCGUGCCCGGCCAACAUUUCUUUUUUUAAAAUGAACUUUUCUAUCUCACAAACGGCAGUGAAGGUGUCAAAAUUUUCACAGUAUUUCUGGGGCAAUUACUGGAUAGGAUGAGAUCUGCUGCUAUCUUCUGUGGGAGAAGAAGGGGCAGAGAAAUACACUUGGCUAGAAAGAAAAGGGACCUGCUAUGCCCACUAACAAAAUAGGACUGUCAAUGGCAGGAUACCAGCUCUGGUCACCAUGGACCCCACUGGAUGAGAGUUUCCAAUGGCUGCGGCACACGACACCUACACCUUCCUCCAAGCACCCAUUCAGGGCCUCCCCCUGCUUCCCACACACACCUUCCGACCUUGAAGUGCAGCUGUGCUUUCAAGAGGUCACUCUAGUCCUAGACAGCCCAUUCCUGGAAUCUGGAGUGAGUUCCAAGUUACCCUGCCACACAUCAGAGUUGCGAACGAUGAACAACAAAGGACUGGUCAGGAAGCCCCAGCCCAUCCGCCUCAGUGGAGUAGAUUCUGUCUUUGGCAGAGUUAUCACAGCUCAGCCACCAAAGUGGACCGGGACUUUCAGAGUUUCAGACAAGUCAGCCUUUUGCAAAAUCAUUAGCAGGGAGCACCAGUGGCCCAUUGGACUGAAGGAGCCUCAGAUUCAGAUGACAGUGACUAUGUGCAAACAGAUGCUGCGCUCUAUCCUCUUGCUGUACGCAACUUACAAAAAGUGCACCUUUGCCUUGCAGCACUCCAAGUAAAGGGUCCUCAUUUGAUCCCCAUUUCUUCACACCAUGCCCUUUGGUAUGUACCUGAAGCUUACAGAAACCUGUCCAUGUAAAUGAAACUGUGACAUUGUCCCA